AUGACAGACAGGACAAAACAAUAUGUCUUCGAUCUCGUGGACAUAAACACAAAACCUAGGAGCUUCCAGGACCUCAAGGCGGCCACGGACCCUUUGCCAUACUUUGCUGGAUGUUAUAAACGUUCACUUUUCUACUUCUACUUUCACUUUAAAAUAAACAUGGAUACAAUAACACGUGCGAAACAAAGUUUAAGAAUCUGUUAUGAAUUGAAGUCUGAACAACUUACUGCACUUCGUGCCUUCAUAGAGGGAAGAGACAUCGUUUGCUUAUUACCCACUGGUUUUGGGAAAAGUGUAAUAUUUCAGAUGAUGCCAUUUCUUUCGGAGGACCCCAUGGCUUGUGUUAUCGUUAUAUCCCCACUGAACGCCAUUAUGAAGGACCAAGUACGAAAACUGUGUGAAAAUGGAAUUCCUGCUUGUUUUCUUGACAUUACAGGAAGAGAUGGCUCCACCUUCAAGCUGAAACAUGUUGUGGAUAGAGAUCCUGUAUAUAUUUUGGCUGGUGAUGUUGAUGAGCAUGACUACAGCAGCAAUGAUGACAUUGAUGAAGAUACUGGACAGCUGCACAUUAAAGUAUCAAAAGAAGAAGUGGCAGCUGGGAAAUUCCGUCUCAUUUAUGCACAUCCUGAGGCUUUCCUUUCCUCCAAAGAUGGAAGGAAAAUUUUGCAAAGCAAGGCUUUGCAAGAUCACAUUUGUGGAAUUUGUAUUGAUGAAGCUCACAUGAUACACGAGUGGGGAGAAGACUUUCGGAAAGAUUUCUCCAGAAUUCAAGAAUUGCUGGCUAUUUUCCCCAAGGUACCUGUGUCCCUUUUCACAGCCACUGCAUCAAAGUCAACAAAAGAAAAACUUGUUAAAAACCUUGGGUUAAAAAAUCCUUUAUUCAUUACUAAGAACCCAGACAGACCAAACAUCAAGUACCACAAGUAUGAGCGACUCUCCAGCAUAAAACAAGAGAACGACUUGGACAAAAUUCUGGGGGAAAUUGCAAGUGGUUUACUAAAGGACAGAAAACAUUAUCCUCUCACUUUUAUAUAUACAGAUUUAGAAUCAAUUAGGUAUGGAUAUAGGUUUUUGGAGAAACUCAGCAAAUCUGAACCGGUCAUUCGUGUGGUACUUGCCACUGUAGCCCUUGGCAUUGGUAUGCAUGCACCUGCUGUUCGAAAAGUUAUUCAUUUCAAAUGUCCUACAAGCAUUGAAAAAUAUCUACAAGAAACUGGUCGUGCUGAACGGGAUGGAUUACCAGCUGAUGCAAUUUUGUAUGUAAAUAAAACAGAUGUCAGGAAAAACAGACCUGGCAUGCAAAACUCAAUGCGCCAAUACUGUACAAGUACAGACACCUGUUUGCGUUUGCAAUUGUUACAACAUCUGGAUUACAAGCCAGAAGAGGGGAACAAAAAUUGCAAAUGCUGUAGUGUAUGUGAUAUUUUAUGCAAUUGCACAGACUGUGAACUAUAA